AUGCGGUCCAGUAUUGCUUGCGCUCGAUGCCGCCGCAGUAAAAUCAAGUGUGUCAAUGCCGGCAUCGAUACGACCUGCCGCGCGUGCGAAUCAUCCGGGCGCGAAUGUGUCUACCCAACCCCAGCAAUCGGAGUAAGCACCGCCAAACGAGAUCUGGCUACCCUGGCAGAAGGUGAAGAUCGGAAUGGAGACUGGGAUGGCCCGAAACGACAUCGUCCACGCAAGGUGGUAGGCAUAUCCGGCUCAUCGGCUGGUUCGAAGCUUGGUGUGGAUGCGCUUGAUUCCUCAAUACUUACAACAAAAGUUUGGGAGGCCGUCUUCGAUCUCUUUCAAUCGCAUUUUGCGACUCUUCUACCUUUCCUACAUCCUGCCACUUUUCUCGGCCAGAUUCGACAGCUUUCAUCUCCCGCUCCUCCUCCCACGACCUUCGAUGGACAAGAUCCCCGGAAUCCCAUAUAUAAGGCGGACCCGUCUUCGUCACUGAUCCCGCUGGGUGUACUAGCCCUGACUGCUCGCUUUCACCCUCCGUUGGCCGCAGCUCACUCACCAGCAUCGCCUGGUCAUUCUUCGAACCCACUUGCCGCAUCGGAAUACUAUGCCGCAGCCCUCCGCAGCCGGCUGGCCGGCUUAGAUGGCUCUUGCCUCGCUCAACCGGAUCUUGCGCGUGUACAGGCGCUAUUGAUGUUAGCCUUGCACGAAUGGGGGAUGUGCCGAGGCAAGAGUGCGUGGGUCUACGUGGGUAUGGCCAUCCGGCUUGCACAGGCCAUGGGUCUGCCCUUUGAACUUGAGAAUGAAUUCCCAGCGCGAGAUCCUUCGCGCUCAUCCCCCGGCUUCAGACCCGAGGCAGAUCAUUUUGGUCUGCCGCGGCGUGUAGAGCUCAGGGAGCCGACCUCCGAUGAUAUCAUUGCGCAAGAGACUAAACGCCGGACAUUUUGGGCCUGUUUUAUCCUCGACCGAUGCCUCAGCAGUGGAAAGUACCGGCCUCGGAUGGUCCGAGUUAAGGAACUCGGAAUUCAGCUUCCGAGCGACAACGCUUUUGCUUUCGGCGAGCGAGUUCGAACGGCCCGACUUAAUGAACCGACCGUUCGGCGCCCGCAGAGCUUUGGUUCCCAAAGCAUGCAAAUCCCCAGCAUCCGUCAAAGCAUAGGAGGCUUUGGCGAAGAAAAGCUCCCAGGACCCAAUGGAACUCCAGAUAACAAGCCCUGGUCACCUAUCUCUCGCCGCAAGGACUCGAGCGAGGAGGAGGUUGAUCGAUGGGAGGUUGGCGCCGAGGAGUCGGUCCUCAGCCGAGUUAUUCGCAUCACUCGUAUCUGGGGAAGUAUUGCCAAGUGGUCUUGCGCCGGUGGUCGACGCACGGAGCAAUAUCCCCCUGGCAUCCUGAAUCUCGCUUCGCCUCGCUCCGUUUGCAGUUGA